GGUGGCGGGCGGGACCAACAAAGAUGGCGGUGGCCCCGGCGGCGGCAGUGACCUGGGCGACAGCUGCGGCUGAAGCUGCAGCCGGGCCCGCAAGGGUGCUGCACGGGGGCAGUGGGGGGCGGCCCUGAGCUGGGGCCUGGCCCCGGCUGGGCUUCCCCGCCGCUCACCGGGGAACAGGUCCAGCGUGAAGUUCACAAUGCCCCAGGCCUCUGAGCACCGCCUGGGCCGGACCCGGGAGCCACCUGUCAAUGUCCAGCCCCGAGUGGGAUCCAAACUACCAUUUGCCCCCCGGGCCCGCAGCAAGGAGCGCCGAAACCCAGCCCCUGGGCCAAACCCCAUGUUACGGCCUCUGCCGCCCCGGCCAGGUCCACCUGAAGAACGGCUCAAGAAACUGGAGCUGGGACGGACACGGACCUCAGGCCCUCGUCCCAGAGGCCCCCUUCGGGCAGAUCAUGGAGUUCCUCUGCCUGGCUCACCACCCCCAGCUGUGGCCCUGCCUCUUCCGUCCAGGACCAACCUAGCCCGUUCCAAGUCUGUGAGCAGUGGGGACUUGCGUCCAAUGGGGAUUGCCUUGGGAGGGCACCGAGGCGCUGGAGAGCUAGGGGCUGCACUGAGCCGCUUGGCGCUCAGGCCUGAGCCACCCACUUUGAGACGUAGCACCUCUCUCCGCCGCCUAGGGGGCUUUCCUGGGCCUCCCACCUUGCUCAGCAUACGGACAGAGCCCCCUACUUCCCAUGGCACUUUUCACGUGAUAUCUGCCCGGCCCUCCGAGUCUUUCUACUCCGAUGACAAGAUGGCUCAUCACACACUGCUUCUGGGCUCUGGUCACAUUGGCCUCCGGAAUCUGGGGAACACGUGCUUCCUGAAUGCCGUGCUACAGUGUUUGAGCAGCACACGGCCUCUCCGGGACUUCUGCCUUCGAAGGGACUUCCGUCAAGAGGUGCCUGGAGGGGGUCGAGCCCAAGAGCUCACUGAAGCCUUUGCAGAUGUGAUUGGUGCCCUGUGGCACCCUGACUCCUGCGAAGCUGUGAAUCCCACUCGAUUCCGAGCUGUCUUCCAGAAAUACGUUCCCUCCUUCUCUGGAUACAGCCAGCAGGAUGCCCAGGAGUUCCUGAAGCUCCUCAUGGAGCGGCUACACCUUGAAAUCAACCGACGAGGCCGCCGGGCUCCGCCAAUCCUGGCCAAUAGUUCAGCGCCCUCUCCACCCCGCCGUGGAGGGACUCUGCUAGAAGAACCUGACUUAAAUGAUGACGACCGGGCCAACCUAAUGUGGAAGCGUUACCUGGAGCGAGAGGACAGCAAGAUUGUGGACCUGUUUGUGGGCCAGUUGAAAAGUUGUCUCAAGUGCCAGGCCUGUGGGUAUCGCUCCACGACCUUCGAGGUUUUUUGUGACCUGUCCCUGCCCAUCCCCAAGAAAGGAUUUGCCGGGGGCAAGGUGUCUCUGCGGGACUGUUUCAGCCUUUUCACCAAGGAAGAAGAGCUAGAGUCAGAAAAUGCCCCAGUGUGUGACCGAUGUCGGCAGAAAACACGAAGCACCAAAAAGCUGACAGUACAGAGAUUCCCCCGAAUUCUUGUGCUCCAUCUUAACCGAUUUUCCGCCUCCCGAGGCUCCAUCAAGAAGAGUUCUGUAGGUGUAGACUUCCCGCUGCAGCGACUGAGCCUAGGAGACUUUGCCAGCGACAAAGCUGGAAGUCCGGUGUAUCAGCUGUAUGCCCUUUGCAACCACUCUGGCAGUGUCCACUAUGGCCACUACACAGCCCUGUGCCGGUGCCAGACUGGUUGGCAUGUCUACAAUGACUCUCGUGUCUCCCCCGUCAGUGAAAACCAGGUGGCAUCCAGUGAGGGCUACGUGCUGUUCUACCAACUGACACAGGAGCCACCCCGGUGCCUGUGACACCCCUUUAAACCCUGGCACCUGUGAAACCCUUUCAACAUCCUUAAGCCCCAGGCUCCCCAUUUACCUCAGAGACGUCUAUUUUUGUGUCUUUUUAAUUGGGGAGGGGGGAGGGGUGACUGUAGCUCCCAUUAUUUUUUUUAUCUAAGAAGUACCCUUCCACCUGGAGGUCCCCUCGUCUCCCAGCACUAUGUACAAAGCGCCCCAGGCCCUGCCCGUGUACAGCCCCCGGACUCUACAAUCUCACUUUUUGUGAAUAAAUUUAUUAAGAAAAACUGA